ACGUCAUGACGCACGGCUGCUAGGGUUACCCGGCCCUCUCUGCAGCCCGUCACACAUUCUUUGGUUUGCCGACGCCUCGGACACACCUCAGCCAACACAGCUAUGUCUGACUUCUCGGAAGAUCAAAUCCUUGAGUUUAAGGAGGCAUUCCUGCUGUUCGACAGGACAGGAGAUGGGAAGAUCAGUUUCAGCCAGUGUGGGGACGUCAUGCGGGCCCUGGGACAGAACCCUGUCAAUGCAGAGGUGCUCAAGGUCCUGGGCAACCCCAAGGCUGAGGAGAUGAACACCAAGAUGCUAGACUUUGAGCAGUUCCUGCCCAUGUUCCAGGCCAUUGCUAAGAAUAAAGAUCAGGGCUCCAUGGAGGAUUUUGUGGAGGGACUGCGUGUCUUUGACAAGGAGGGCAACGGCACAGUAAUGGGAGCAGAGCUCCGUCACGUCCUCACCACGUUAGGUGAGAAAAUGUCAGAGGAGGAAGUGGAGACGCUCUUGGCGGGGCACGAAGAUGCAAAUGGCUGCAUCAAUUAUGAAGAACUGGUCAGGAUGGUCAUGAACGGGUGAAGACGAAGAGCAUCCUACUUUUUUACCCUGUCACAUGUACCCUCUUUUUGCAGUUAAGCUUCUACAGUCCCCCCACCCACCCACCCACCCGACCGUUUCCAUGGAUUAGUUAUCCACAUUUAAUUUAAGAAGUGCCUUUACAUUCCCUACAAAAGACCACAAAUGACUUUGUCUUUGUGCUUGCAUUGUUUGCAAUAACAUUCCAAGAUGCAGCACUUAAGACGACAUAAAUUGAUAAUGGUAUACUGUAACUAUUGAUACUAUUGAUAUAUUGUGUCAAUGUUGGAUGACAUUAAUAUAUAGAAAUACGUAAUAACUGUCAGCGACCUACUGUAUCAUUGGCUAAGACUUGCUUUGGCAGGGGAUCAUGUUCCUCCAAUUCUGCAGUUAACAGGUAUAUUCAAAGCCAUACUAUCAUGAGGUAAAAUGAGACAUUUCAGAUGGGUUCCCAUGUUUUUAAUUGACCCCAAUUUUGUUGCUGCAUCUAAAUAAAUGUUUUUUCCUGAAAACGUA